UGCGCAUGCUCUAAUCUAAACGCACACAUUCAUUUUGACGCUUUAGUUUAGAGAUAGCUAUGCUACAAGUGAUGCGUCGCUGUUUUAGAUUUAUCGCGUCGUAAUUACGAAGCUCCAUCAGCAGUCGUGUAAGUCGCGAAGCAAUUUGACCUUCUUUAUGACGUAAUAGAGGAUGACUGUGAGUCUCCAUUUAAUUACCGACAACGACAUAAUAACGUUUAUGACGUCAUAACCAAACAACGUUAAUCACCGACGUUGACCGCGAUCGUUAAACGCGCGAACCGCGAUUAUGACGGAGUUUAUAGAACGUUGCUAUUGUUUGCUGUCGGUCAAACAAUGGCGGAUGAGGGAUGUUUGAAAAUCGUUAGAUAAAAGACAAACAGUGUACCAAUUCCUGGGAUAAAAGACAAACAGUGUACUGGUUCAUGGUAUAAACACCAAACAGUGUACCGGUUCCUGUGAUAAAGGACAAACAGUGCCCCGGAUUUUGAAUUAGCACGAAAAAUCAUAAUGAAAAACCCCUUGGUUUUACCAUGCAAAAGACCUUCCCAAGCGCUGGCAUCCAACGCCCCUUCUUACCCGCACAGACCUUUCGUGUGGUUGAGAAUUUGCAACCCGGUUAUUUGUAUACGUUCACAGUAACUGCAUCAAGGGGGGCGAUGACAAGUGAUAUAGCUGUGCUUAACCAAGACACGAUCCCCCUUCCCCCACAAAACCUUGCCCUUGAGACUUUUGAUCAAAUCGAGCUGAUAAUUGAGAGUCCCUACUUUGAGAACACCCAGUUCACCCUCAAUUUCCCUGGUAUUGAAGCAGUAUGGGAACCUCCUACUGAAGGAUUCUGUGACUGCUAUGAUGCAACUAUAUCACCAAGUGAUGGACAAAUGGCUUUCCCUACCCAUGGAAAUGAAAACAACGCUGGGACCCUGGUUCGUCAAUUCAUCCGUUUGACCCCCGGCAAGACAUACACAAUCACCCUCUACUCCACCACUUGUGGCACUGGAGAGCUGGGAGUCCUCCGUAGUGACCCGAUAACCAGAACAAUCGUCCUCCAACCAUCUGACCCACCCCCUGUGACGGAUGAAACAGGAACAACUAGCACGACACUGAAGUGGCAGAACGGCGUCAUCGUGGGACUGUAUGAUAAUUUUGAGAUCAUAGGAUUGGAAGGAAACGCGACAAUAGCGGAACCCGAAUCACCGAUGGAUCGUCAACGAGAGAUCACCGGACUCAAUUCUUGCACAGAAUAUUCAUUCGAAGUUUUUACUUUAUAUGAAAAUGUUCGAAGCAGAAAUGGACAAAGAUCAACCGUGUAUACAAAACCUGAAGCCGCCAUUAACCUUCGUGUCAUUGACUUUAAUUCGACAUCUCUAUGGUUGUCUUGGAUGAGGGGAAGCCCCCUUGAAGUUGGGGGUUACAAAGUUACGAUCCAACCUCCUGGAAGAACAGUUGCAGUUACUAAAACCAGCCUUAUAGUGACAGGGCUUUCACCAGGCACCAUGUACAAUGUAUCUGUCAUAUCUAGAUGUGUGGACAACUUAUCUGUUGAGAGCGUGCCAGUAUCUAUACAACAUGCUACAGUCCCCUACGUACCACAAGGGGGCAACGUUCGCUGCGAGGUCAACGGACCACUUGAAGGCAACGCAGCGAUACGAACAUCCGUGAUUUCUAUGUCAUGGUCUCCACCGAUAGCCGGGGAUUGGGACGGAUUCGUGAUUGAUUAUUCUCCUUACCAGUUCGAGAUCGGAACCUCGUACCCUCCGUCUCCCAUCGUUGUCGGGAGGAAUGUGUUCAGGGCAAAUAUCACCCUACCAGUAGCUGGUCGUAUUCUCACCAUUUACCUGAGAACUAAACGUGGAAACGUGUUAAGCGUGCCAAACGUGUUGGAUGCUAAUUGUGCUGAUGAAGCCGGUGUCGCCAUCAGAAGAUGCAGAAUCUCAACAGCCAUUGAACCACUCAGAUGGAAUAUUACAAUCACACUGAUCCGUAACGAUACAUACAUGUUUAUACAGAUACCACACCACCCAAUACGUUUUUCACUCAUUCACCAUGAGUUUAAUGUCCCACCAUACAACACAGCGGACUAUGACAUCAUUAUAAGGAAUCCAUGUAUUUCGUAUUAUGAUGCAAAACUUGUGGUUUACCCUGUAUGUCCUGAAGGUUCAGAAAGUCAAUGUAGUACAGUGGUCAGAAGAUUGUGCACGAAACUCACCAGCAAACCACCUCUGACCGGAAACGAUCCAAACCCAGAUCCUCGCCCGUUUAGACCAACACAAGCUUGCUGUAAUGGAAUCGCUUACAACCCAUUUGAGGCCGAUUGCUGUCACAACCAACUUCUCCGAGAGUCCACGAAUAGCAUGGGGUGUUGUUUCACUCGUUGGUAUAAUGUUUCCACCCAUGCUUGCUGUGGGACGGGAAGGGUGAGGUCCCUCACUAAUGGAUGCCAGUAAUCGUCAUCAAAACUUUUGUAAAAUAUGUUCCAGUUACGCUUACACACUAAGUUUUGGAAAAAAUUGUAAAUGAAAAAGUGACAAUUGCCAAUUCGUUGGGUAGUAUAUUUAUUUAUAAAGAUAAUUGCAGAAAAAAUGGAAAUUUACAGCGAAAUAGCUGUUAAAACAUGUUAUAGUAUAAAGUAACACAACUAAUAUUUAUUGUUUCGAAAACGAUAAAGGAAGUCAAAUUAAUGAAAACAAAACAAGUUAUUACAAUCAUUAAAACACAUUUGUUACAAAAUAUAAAGUAUUGGUCCAAAAUCAUGACCAUUAAAUUCAUAAUUGUAAUUUCAAGUUUCAAUGUUCGUGCUUUCUGCUCUUAAAUAGUUUCUUGUUUAAAGCUUUAACAAUAUUUGUUGCUUUCUACCUGUGUGUGAAGCUAGCUCUCUUGUUUGUAAUGCUGACUAAUGCUUGCUAAAGUCUCAUCCAAUUAGACAGAAGUUUUCAAUUGGUAUUUGUUCCCAGUUUGUAUGUCUAGGUAAUUUAAUAUAGGAUGGCAUUUCACUUAUGUACGUUUCGAAAUCAUCAAUAAAUUGGCAACAAAUCGCUA